CAGCUGGAAGAGUGUCUUUGGAGAACAUUUGAGAACUCAUCCACAGGUUGAAAAGAAGUGUAACCAAGAAAUCCAGUUUCCAGCUUCUGUCCUUGUUCCCUACACCCUGCUUCUCCCAUCCCAGGUCUUGUUGGUACCUGCACCCAGAGCCUCUUGAAAGAACAUGGCUGGCCUUCAGGACAACGAUCUGAGGAUUGUUCUGGUGGGGAAAACUGGAAGUGGAAAAAGUGCAACAGCAAACACCAUCAUUGGGAGAGAAGAAUUUAAAUCUAAAGUUGCUCCUUACUCUGUUACCAAGGAAUGUCAGAGAAAAGAGCGACACUGGAAGGGGAAGGACCUUUGUGUCGUGGACACCCCAGGGCUCUUUGACACCAAGGAGAAACUGAAGAGCACCUGUGAGGAAAUCAGCAGGUGUGUCCUCCUCUCCCUCCCUGGGCCUCACGCCAUCAUCCUGGUUCUACAGCUGGGCCGCUACACGGAGGAGGAGCAGAGAACAGUUGCGUUGAUCAAGGUCAUCUUUGGGAAGGAGGUCAUGAAGCACAUGAUCGUCUUGUUCACUCGCAAAGAUGAUUUGGGUGAUCAGACACUGCCUGAGUUUAUGGAAGGUUCAGACGUAAACCUGCAAAACAUCAUCAAGGAGUGUGGGAACCGCUGCUGUGCCUUCAAUAACCGAAGUGUAGAUGAGGCUGAGAAGGAAGCUCAACUGCAAGAGCUGGUGGAUCUGAUAGAGGAAAUGGUGGGGAAGAACGGAGGGGCCCACUUUUCUGAUGCCAUCUAUAAGGACAUAGACAAAAAGCUGAAAAACAAGGCAGAAGCCUUGAAGAAAAUCUAUGCUGAGCAAUUGAAGAAGGAAACUAAACUAGUUGAAGAGCAAUGUGCUCAGGGAAAAAUACCAGAGCAAAAAGCGAAGGAGAAAAAAAAUUCCUUAUUGGAGAGCUAUAAUGAACGUAUUAAAAAUAUUGAGAAAGAAGCUGAAAGGAAUAUAUUUCAAGAUGUUGUAGAUAUGGUUCGGAAUACACUUUCAAAAAUAUGGAAUAUGUUUUGGAAAUGAUGUAAAUUUUAUUUUUGUCUCUUAAUUUACUAUGAUUUGUUAAUGUGGUGAAUUCUAUUUUCCAAAGAUGACUAGAACAAUCUAUUCUAUCCCACCCAUUCUCCUUGUAAUCUGAGUUUAUUUUUCCUUCUAUUGAAUGAUAGGAUUUUUCCUCUACCGUGAAAUUCAAAGAACUUUGCAAUUGCUUUGACAACUAGUGAGAUAGGGAAAAUGCCUCUUUGCUCCCUAGGAUUUGUGGGCUUGGCUCUUGGCCACCAUGUGGUGAGGAAGCCCAGGUUGCCCAUCGAGAGGCCACAUGAAGAGGACUUGAAGUCACUGGCCCACUCCCCUGGCUGGUCUUUCAUCUACAGCAGAACCAACUUGCCAGCCAUGCAAAUGAGGCAACAUGGAAGCAGAUUCUCCAGCUGCCAACUGAGCCACCUCAGAUGAAGCAGCAAAGAGCAAAGAUGGGCCACCCCCCUGCAUCCUGCCCAGAUUUCAGAUUCAUGAGAAAAAUAAAGAGUGUUGUUGGUUUAAACCACUAGGCUUUGGGAUGGUUUGUUAUACUGUGAUAGCAACCACUAGCAUCUUCCUGGCUCACUCAUCACCAAUACCCACAAUGCUAACAAACUAAAGAAGUUACAGAAUUGGUAUAAUCAGGCAAUAACACAUUAUGAAGAGUCCACAGACUCAACUUAGGAAAGUUCAAAUGAGAAUUCCUGCCUGUGUCAAGUGUUAGCACCACUGGUGAUGCACAUUUUUUUCAGUCCACGUCUCUGAGCACCGUGAUGGUGAAGCAGCAGGCUUCUCCAACAAGAUGGUUCUGUGGUCCGUGUGAGGCAGGAUAGUAAGAGGCAAGAAAAACUCCUGGAAAAAUGGAUUAGAGAAACUGAGAUGAGAAAAUUAACUGUUUGGGAAGCUUGUAGCCAGCUUGUUAAUCACAAGACCUUAUCUUCCCCAAACAAGAGCAUUUGAGAGCAAAUGGUUUUGUAGGUCUCCUCCCUCACCAGAGAAUACAUAGUUUAAUCACUCUGGUCUGGGAGGUAGAGCACAAAGAACCAAUUCAUGUGAUUUGUGCCAGCUAAACCCAAGGGCAGAUGAAGUCAGGGGAAAAUAACAAAAAGCCAUUAAAGCCAGACACAACAAAGAUAAAACAAAACAGUAAAACAGACCAAAGCAUAACCCAAAACUCCCCUAUACACUUACCUUGAUGCAUCAGCACAUUAAAAAUGCACCUGGAAAGCUGAUCAGAAAAAUAAAAGGGUAAAAAGUCCUCAGGACAAGAACUCAUCAGAAAAGUGGACAAGCCCAAAUUCCUCUCAGUGCCUCCCUGGCAUCUGUGCACAACCCUCGAACCACAAUGCCCUUGGCAGCAGAGGAAAUGUCCAGUCUCAGCAUUUGUCACUGGCUUUCCCCUUUGUGUUCCCAAUGGUUUCCAGGCAGGGCUGUGGGCCUCACCCCCAUAUGCACUCUGCUGUUGCAGAUGAUUUCCCCCUUUUACCUGUCUCUUUAGUGAUGUGAAGGCCCCUGGGAGAGUUUGUCUGUGCAGACACAAGGGAGAGGAUACUGUAGGGAAGACAUUUUGGAUUACCCAGCAGAAUUGGAGGUGAGCUUGAGUUUGUUUGUGAGCGUAGAGACACUGAGGGCAGUGCAAGUGUGGGUGGACAGGAGAGCCGUGCUAACCUGGCUCAUUUAAUCUGGACCAGAGAGCUGACUCCCCCAGACCUGCAUGCAACAGAGGAAUGACUCUUUACCGCAUCUUGUAUCACCAAUUCGCAGCCCACUAAGACCUGUUUGCCCUUUACUUUGAUAUUGAAACAAAAAUGUCAAAACCG